AUGGGCAAAAACGACAAAAAGUCUGGCGACAAGGGCGGCGGCAAGGGAAAAGGUGCCGAGGGUAAAGAAAGCGGAGGCAAGGCAAAGGGAGCCAUGUCUAUCAACGUCCGGCACAUUCUGUGUGAAAAACACUCAAAGAAGGAAGAGGCCCUGGCGAAGCUGAGCGAGGGCGUCAAAUUUGACGAGGUGGCACGCACUUACUCGGAAGACAAGGCACGACAAGGUGGUUCUCUUGGUUGGAAGACAAAGGGGAGCCUGGAUCCUACGUUUGAAGAAGUUGCCUUUUCCUUGGAGCCGAGCACUACGAGCAGUCCCAAGAUUGGAGAGGCCAAGACAUCGUUUGGCUAUCACAUCAUAAUGGUGAGUUUGAGAGACGUCAAAUCAGCAUGA